UCGGAGCUGGAAAUGCCACUGUUGGGGUCUUCGGAGGCUGCGGAGCUGAAGGCGGAGGCGGCUGGGGAGGUCCGAGCGAUGUGACCAGGCCGCCGUCGCUCGUCUCUUCCUCUCUCCUGCCGCCUCCUGUCUCGAAAAUAACUUUUUUUUUACUCUAAAGAAAGGAGAAAAAAAGUAGCCGUCCGCCCCUCACGCCCUCUCUUAUUCUCAGUCCUCUGCCCUGUGAGGGAGCCGGGGGUGGCCGCUCCGCCAUCGGGGCCGCGCCGCCGAGCCCCGGCCGCCCCGGGCCGCCCCGGGCCACCCCCGUCCGCCGCCCCCAUGCAUCCCUUCUACACUCAGGCCGCCACCAUGAUAGGCGAGAUCGCCGCCGCGGUGUCCUUCAUCUCCAAGUUCCUCUGCACCAAGGGGCUCACGAGCGAGCGACAGCUGCAGACGUUCAGCCAGAGCCUGCAGGAGCUGCUGGCAGAACAUUAUAAACGUCACUGGUUCCCAGAAAAGCCAUGCAAGGGAUCAGGUUACCGUUGUAUUCGCAUCAACCAUAAAAUGGAUCCUCUGAUUGGACAGGCAGCACAGAGGAUUGGACUGAGCGGUCAGGAGCUGUUCAGGCUGCUCCCAAGUGAACUCACACUCUGGGUUGACCCUUACGAAGUGUCCUACAGAAUCGGAGAGGAUGGCUCCAUCUGCGUGCUGUAUGAAGCCUCACCAGCAGGAGGUAGCACUCAGAACAGCACCAACGUGCAAAUGGUAGACAGCAGGAUCAGCUGUAAGGAGGAACUUCUCUUGGGCAGAACAAGCCCUUCCAAAAACUACAAUAUGAUGACUGUAUCAGGUUAAGAUAUAGUCUAUGGAUGGAUCAUCUUAUAAUGGAUGGAUAAAUUUGAUUUUUGCUUUGGGUGGUCUCCUUUUGGGGAUGGAUUAUGGAAUUUAACCAUGUUACAGCUUUGAAGAUCUGGCACAAGAUAGAAUGGUAAAAAAAAUUUUUUAAGUGAUAGUGCCAUAGUUUGGACAGUACCUUUCAAUGAUUUAAUAGCCUGUGAGUCCAAGUAAAUCACUUUAUUUGCUAGGGAGUGAAGUCCUAGAGUGGUUUCAGUUUCUCCCAGACAUCCUUAAAUUUUACAUCAACCCCUUGAAUGAAAAUCUAUAUUUCAAAGAACCUUUCUCUGCAGUAGAUCUUGCAGAGGAAUUUGCACUAUUACACUUGAAAAUUGUUAU